AUGCCUGAAUGCACGAUCCACCUCAUUUCGCUCGUCAAAGGCAUACCACCUGAGAAGGUCAUCAACCAGCUUCUGGCCGAUCAUGCUCCAGUUCUUUUGAAGGGCAUACCUCAUGGAUGGGUCCACCAACCUCACGAUCUCAACAAAAGUGAGCUGCUGUCUCAGGAAUGGGAUCUCUUCAUGAUGCUCCCGGGUAACUUGCAACUAAGCUUCCGCGAGGACUCUGUGCCGGCACACGUAUCAAUCAACGUCUCGCUCGGAGAGUCGCAAUUUGAGAAGCUGCUGGGACAAGCUAGCCAAAGACCAACACCUUCGAGCAACACUCCUCCACUACCAGUCGAGUGGCCUGGUACUGGAUCAAUUACACAGGACGCCAUCGUUGAGACGCAACCAGGAGCAUUGAAGCCGGGCGAACUACAUCUCGACUCAAGCAUGGCGAAGUUUCUAUCUUCAGCUUUGCCCACCUCCGUUGCGAAUGCUCCAGUCAGCUUCUUCAACUUGUUCAAAUAUAGCAACAACGAUCGAAGCGCGCACGACUCGUAUAUGGAUGGCUUCAAGCAAAGCUUCGGCAGCACUGCGGGUGCCAGCGUCAAGUUCAUGGGUCCUGUCGCUAGUGAUAUGAAGCACAACGCCGGGAAUGGCAACACCAGCUCGACCGAGAAAAGUGGCGAAAGAUGGGACGAGGCAAAUUUGACGCAGUACGACAGUGUAUGGCACUAUGCGUAUAUGUUGUCAACGACCGAGUACAAAGGGCUGAAUCAGCAGAAGGUUGCCGGUUUGCAGGAUACCUGUAUAUUGCUCGUUAGUGAGAUGGAGCUGGCUGAGACUACAUAG